AUGACAAAAACGACGGAGACUCAAAUCCCGAAAACCGCGUUACCUCGAAUCACGCUCGGGAACUCUACCAUCGAAGUCACGAACGUGUGCCUCGGGACGAUGACGUGGGGCGUGCAGAAUACCGAGGAAGAAGCGUUCGAACAGCUCGAUUACGCGAUAAAAGUUCGCGGGGUGAACUUUAUCGAUACGGCGGAGUUGUAUCCGGUGCCGUCGAGCUCUGCGUUGUGGGUGGCUGGGAACACGGAGAAAAUCAUCGGGAAAUGGAUCGAACGGAAUAAAGAGUUGAGGAAAGAAUUGAUCGUGGCGACGAAAGUGGCUGGGUUUAUAGAGGCGAGCGAUAUUCCGAAAAUGAGGACAGAACCUGCUGGAAAGGAAAAGAUGAGCACGAGGUUGGACAGAGAGAGCAUUUUGAGCGCGUGCGAUGCUUCUUUACGAAGGUUGAAAACGGAUUACAUAGACGUCUACCAGUUACACUGGCCGGAUAGAUACAUCCCUUUGUUCGGGUCGUGCGAGUACGACAGAAGGAAAGAGAGGGACGGGAAGUUUGCGCCGGUCGCGUUCGAGGAGACGGUGUUAGCGUUGAAAGAGUUAUUAGAUGCCGGGAAGAUUAAGAGUUACGGGUUGUCGAAUGAAACGAGUUACGGCGUGUGCGAAUUCGUGCGAGUCGCCGAUAAGCUCGGCGUGCCGAGACCGGUGAGCAUUCAAAACUCGUUUUGUUUGUUGCACAGAUCGUACGAGACGGAGUUAGCGGAGACGUGCGCGCCGAGUCAUCACAAUAUUUCUUUGUUGCCGUGGACGCCGUUAGCUGGUGGCGCUUUGAGUGGCAAGUAUUUAAACGGCGCGAAACCGAAAAAAGCGCGCUUUACCGAAUUCCCUACGUUUCAAGAUCGAUACAUCAACGAAGCUUCACAAAUCGCCACGAAGAAAUACGCCGAGAUUGCCGAAAAAGCCGGAGUGUCAUUAACUGCCAUGUCUUUGGCCUGGUGCGCGACGCGUCAGUACGUCGGAAGCACCAUCAUCGGCGCGACCACCAUGGAACAGUUGAAGGAGGACAUCGACGCCUUCGAACCGGGACGCGUUACGUUGAGCGAAGAGACUUUACGCGCGAUUGACGACGUCCACAUGCAAUGCAGAGACCCGUGCAUAAGAAACUAUUAA